ACUCUGAGAAACAUUUCAGAUCGCUCAGCAAACUUCGUUCGCAUUGUUACUCACUUUUCCGACACGCACACAAUCACAGUCAAAAUGGCCUGCAAAAAGAAAACCAAACUGUGGGAACCAAUGACCAAGGAUGAAUUGAAGUCCACCACACAGGCGAUGCUCGAGGAGGGCGCCAGGGGUUUAAGGACGAUUUCUACGCAGCAGAAAAAGCUGGUCAACUUUCAGUCGUUCAAUAUGGAUGAUCCCCGUUACGGAAUUUCCCUAGUCGAGGACAACAUGGAACCCCCCAUGUUGUCGAGCUACACAAGGCAAUACUCCCAGCCGUAUCCAAAUCGUUGUAAGCCCUUUGUUGUAAAGACGGAAACACCAGAUCCCAUAUUCAAUCGAAAACCGAAAAACGAUUUUGAGUUUACCACAGGACUGGAUUUUAAGUUUCUCGAUGAUCACAUGCACAAUCUUUCCGAAACACGCAAGAAAGUCAACUUCUUUCGGCAAUUGAGGAAUCAAUCAUUUCUUCAGUAUUGACAAGGGCUAAAGUUGUUCGGGCUAAAAUUACAAAACCAAAACUAUUAAUUUGUAACAAUUUGACUCCAUCAUCGGCAAAGUCACGCAACGUGGCUCCUAUUUUAAGAGCUUUCAAUUGUGCCAUGAUUAUAAAUUACCCCUCAUUAUGUUCCGGGAAAAA